GGGGAGGAAGGAGGAGGAGGAGAAGUAGAAGUAGCAUCUCUUGGCAGGCGAAUUAUGCAUGCACUAAGCGAGCUCUGAGAGAAUGGCUGUGGAAGCUAUCCAUUGCAGUCUAAAUCCAAAUGGUAUCGAUCUCUCAGUCCACACGGAAGGAAUUAACCUGCAACUUGAAGGCGAGAGAGUGGAAUCGUCCUCGCUUAAGAAGGAAAACGCCUCUAAGCUGCCUGAGUCAAAAGGGACGCCCAAGAGGCAGCAAGCAGAACCAGAAACGUCUAAGUCUAAUAUCGUGAAACUGACCAAACCAGUGGCCCUGUGGACCCAGCAGGAUGUGUGCAAAUGGUUGAAGAAACACUGCCCAAAUCAGUAUCAAAUCUACAGUGAGUCAUUCAAACAGCAUGACAUAACUGGCCGUGCAUUGCUCAGGCUUACGGACAAAAAGCUUGAGCGGAUGGGGAUUUCUCAGGAGAGCGUCCGGCAGCAUAUUCUGCAGCAAGUCCUGCAGCUGAAAGUGAGGGAGGAAGUCCGAAACCUUCAGUUACUCACACAAGCCUCGUCAGAGAGUUCUCCGUAAACGUUGCCAGCCUCUAAAGCUGCUGCCCUGCCAGAUGAUACAGAAGUGAACUUUUCCUUCGUGAAAAAUGGUGAAAGAUAAUAAAUGAAUAAAUCAUAAGCAACGGCACUGCCGGAGGAAGACAACCACCAAGAACUGGAGAAUGAACCAAAAUCCAAUCCAUCUCGUUCCUGGGAUAAGCUCUGAAACGUCUCGGUUUGCUUGUGGAAUUAAAACGUAGUAUAUAACACAACAAUGCUAACUUUCUCCAGCUAGUCAUUGGUGGAUCUUUUACACUGGAAAACUGCUUCCGGUUUUCAUCACUGUGCAUAAACUUUGUGUUCCCACCGGGGAAUUCUCUGUGACCUUCACUAAAAGUUCAGGGGGGGCGUUUGUUUGUUUUAGCAUGGCAACUACUGGAUUAUAUUCUG